GUGUUGUUGUUUCUGAGUGGAGUACUUGAAUUAUUUAUUCGUUUUCCCAAUAAAAUUAAAAUGUUUAGUAGGGACAUUACGGCUUCAUGAAAUUCACACCAUGUAGGUGUUGAUAACAGAAUGAUAAGUGUCGAAUUGUUUCUUAAAAGUUUUGUGGUUUCAAUUAUUUAUUUUGUAAACUACUCAUAUUCAUCGUCAGAAGAAAACACAGACUUUAUCGGAGCGUUUUACUCUCUGCAAGAUGUUCUAAAAGUUUUCCACAAAGAACAGUAUAAGUAUGAUCCCACGGUGAUCAAGGCCCUAAGGAUGUUCCACGCUUUAGAGGAAGAUGUUGGAAAUUUUGCACAGUAUGAUUACAAUAAUCCCUUCAUUGCGAUUGAGGGAAACCACCGAUCUAGAAGAUUCAUUGUUGCGCGUCAGCUGGCUCGAGCGUUGCGCGCCACCAACAUGCGCAACCCACCAGAGUUCAUGAACUUCCUUAAGUUCCAUCUGCACGAGGUGGAGCCGCGUCGCGCAUUCUACUCCCUCGGACUCUACGCAAGCGCUCUCGAGGCUCGCAGAAUACUACCCGAGCGCCCAGUUGUCACUGCAGGGUACUGGUUAGACAUAGCUGCUUUCUCUUUAUCGAAGAAGUAUCCAGACGGAUUUCCAGAGAAUUCUUCUGAGUUUACCUGGCCCAAAGAUCUCCUUGCUCCUGAUGUUAUAUUUUAUAUAAAUUCACCUCCUCCAAUAGCUGUAGAAGGGCAAACAACCAAAGCUCCGAAUCCGAUAAGAGAAAAGCUUGUUGAAGUGUACAGAAGAUGGACCUAUCCCAGAGUUGUGGAACUAAAUGAAAGACUUUUCUCCUACAGUGAAAUGUUUACUGAAAUAUUUAGACAUGUCAAUUUUUUAAAACAAUCUAAAUAUAAGAAGUAUUUGAAUGUAAAUAGACACAAUCUACAAUAAUAAUUGCAAUGCUUGCUGUACUUUGUUUAUACAAAAAUAAUUA